AUGCCAACGCAACGCCUCGCUCGAGCAAUCGCAUACAUAGCAACUCCAACAAUUGCCACAAUAUACGGAGUCCACUUAGGGCUAGCCCACCUCGAAACCAUAUAUCCGGCAUUACCCCCCGCAGCAGCAGGAAGUGAGGCGCUCCGCACGCCCGCAAAACCAAGCCAGCACUGCGCAUACGUCGAUAUCUACGCCGCGCGAAUUCCCCUGCGCGCGCUACAGGCGCAAUCGCGCUGUCCAGAUCCAAGAUCCAAUAAUAAAACCGCGCUCGAAGAAGCCUGGGCGCGCUCCGUGCUCUCCUCGCAACUUCUCAGAACCGAGUCUUCGCUCAUCGGCCUCUUCACCAAGGCCCACUAUGACCCCGGCGACCUCGGACAAGACGGGUUUUCCCCCGACGCCAAAGACCGCCCGCGCGCCCUGCUCAACGGCGCCCUAACCGUCCAGCGCGAGCCGAGAGAAAACGGAAACGGCCUCCUCGUUUCGUGGUCAAUGCCCGAUGCCCCGCGUCUGUUCUUCGAGAGGAUCGCGGCGUGGGGGUACCCGUGGCGCCUGAUGUCUGGCGGGCGGCACGAGAUGAGCGUUUCGGAGCCAUUCCGUGUCCAAGGCGGGGGCGAGAUGGUGGAGGUGCGGUUUUCGGCGGCGCAUGAUUACGAGGUUGUGCUGGUAGAGGGGGCGCUGGAUGAACAGAAGAUCCUCCCUGCUUGGGCGGUUCGUUUGCAUCGCGGGUAUGCGAGGUUGAUUCUUCAUUUGGCGGCUCGGGAGGUGCAGGGGGGUUUGGGGUGA